UUCGUGAAAUGGUUAUGAGCACGCUGCCUGAUUCCUGAGACAUGAGUUUUAUCAGUUUAUAGUUCUGGCCUAAAACAUAUUUUAAAUCCAUUCAUGGUGGAGAGGUACAUGCAGUGUGUUCUGAGAUGCUGAAACCCUUGGUUCUUAUCACCAUCUCCAGUUGGCUUCAGUUGGGUGUGGAUCAUCAUGGCUCGAGCAACAGCGAUCAUAACUUUGCUUGGCUUCUUACUCAUUUGUGCAGCUCCAGGCCAAACCAAUAAGGAACGAUAUGUUGACAUCUACAGCUUCCACAUAAACUCCACAGUAACCAGCCGCUACGCCAUCACAGUCAUCACGAGCCGCGUGGCAAACCGAGUGAAUGGGUCGAAAGAAGUCCAUUUCCAGGUUAAGAUACCCAAGAAUGCUUUCAUCAGCAAAUUCAGAAUGACCAUGGAGGGGAAGACGUAUGAUGGAGUUGUGAAGAAGAAAGAAGAGGCUCAGCAGCAGUACAGUCAGGCAGUGUCUCGGGGAGAAAGUGCUGGGAUGGUCAGUUCGGUAGGAAGGACUCUGGAGGAGUUUAAGACCUCAGUGACGGUGGCUGCUUUCAGUAAAGUGACCUUUGAGCUCGUCUAUGAGGAGCUGCUGCAGCGACAGCAUGGCAAAUAUCAGCUACUCAUCAACACCCGACCGAUGCAGCCUGUAGGAGAUUUCAAGAUUGACGUGUACAUUGAGGAGAGUCCAGGCAUUUCCUUCAUGGAAGUGAAAGGAGAGUUGAACACUAAUGAGUUGGUCAAUGCUGUAACCACUUCACGUGCUGGAGACAAGGCGUGGGUGAACUUCUACCCCACUCGUGAGCAGCAGACCAAGUGUGAUGUUUGUGGAGAAAAUGGACUGAACGGCGAUCUGCUUAUAAUAUAUGAUGUAGAGAGACCAAAACCUAGUGGAGAAUUGAAGGCGUCUGACGGUUAUUUCGUCCACUACUUUGCACCUACAGAUGUUCAGCGCAUUCCAAAAAAUGUGGUGUUUGUCAUUGACCGGAGUGGCUCAAUGAGUGGGAGGAAGAUUGAGCAGACACGUUUGGCGAUGCUGAAAAUUUUGGGAGAUCUUGCUGAGGACGACUACUUUGGGCUGAUCAUCUUUGACCGUCAAGUAGAAGUUUGGAAACGUAAACUCCGCCAAGCCACAGAGAUGAAUCUGGAACUAGCAAAGGACUUUGUAAGGAUGAUUCAAGCUCGAGGAGCCACAGAUAUCAAUGCUGCAGUGCUGAAGGGAGUGGAGAUGAUCAACAAACACCCAGAAGAGCGUUCUGCGUCCAUCCUCAUCCUGCUGACUGAUGGAGCGCCCAAUACAGGUGUGAGUGACCCAACACAGAUUCAGGCUAAUGUGAAAGAGGCCAUUGGGGGGAAGUUUCCUCUGUACUGUCUGGGGUUUGGAUUUGAUGUUAACUUUGAUUUCCUGAAUAAAAUGGCUCUGGAAAAUAAUGGACGUGCUCGUAGGAUCUAUGAGGACUCAGAUGCUGACCUACAGCUACAGGGUUUCUAUGAGUCUGUGGCCACACCUCUUUUAACUGACGUCCAGCUGAACUAUACUGCAGCAGGAAAUCUCACCCAGACCAGAUUCAGCCGCUACUACAACGGCUCAGAGAUCGUCGUGGCUGGUCAAAUCACAGACAACAGCCUGGACGCUUUCCAAACAGAGAUUAUCGCAAUCUCAAAAAACAGUAAGGUGACCUACCAGGACUCUGUGUUAACAAAAGGCCUGGCAGGUGUUUUGCCACAGCAUGAAAACUCCAUCCAGAGACUUUGGGCUUAUCUUACAGUGAAACAGCUAUUGGAGAAAGAAGUGGCACUUACUGGGCAGGAGAAGGAGACGGCCAGGGAAGAAGCCCUGAAUCUCUCUCUAAAAUAUAAAUUUGUGACUCCACUGACCUCCAUGGUGGUCACCAAGCCCCAAGGAGAGGACACACAGGUUGCACAUAAACCCAAAGAGGGAGAAAAAGUAAAGCAAAGGCAACGCAGUCAAUCAGAUAAACUAAAUUCACAUAGGUCCAAAUGCAGUGGAUUUGGAAGAGCUGCAUGCAGGUCAUCUGGACAUCAGACAGCAAGAAUGUUUUCAGCAUUUAGGAUGUCUGGAUCUCGUCCUGUUCGUCCCUCAGACGGUGGAUUGAAUUCACGAGUGCACAGAGUUUCACCUACACGGCAAAGGAUGAUGAGACUACUUGUGCCUAAGGCACCCCAGUUGCCACCUUCGACAGCUGCCCCUCCAGUGAAUGAUGUGAGGUUUUUGAGUUCUGCUCCUGAUCAGCCUAAGCCACUCUGCUUUGACUUACCUGCAACUUCCAAACUCCGCCUCUUGAUGGACCCCUCUUCAAAUUUUUCCAUGAGUGGCAUGCUCUCAUCAAAAGGCUUCAGGGUAAUUGCUCUUCAAUACAAAACAAAUCAUAACCUGGAGCUCAGCAUCGGUGGCAUCCAUUACUAUGAUGGCCUGAAUACUGUGACAUUUUUGUGGGAUCAGAAGCCCACCAAUCAUGAGACUGACGGUGUAGCUGUGAUUCUGAGAAAAGAUGAAUUGGACGUCACGAUGGGAACUGUGCGUGUGGUUUUCUUCCGUCAUAAGAAAGAUGGAAAGAAAUUUCUGUGGCCUGUGGUUCAGCAGCAACCAAAAAAUGUUAACAUACAAGGGAUUUUUGGAAAAAACAGUCUUAAGUAUGAGGAAUUACCAGGAUCAGUCAUCAAAAUCAAAGAUCAAGAAGUGAAAGCGACCUGGAGCACUGCUACUGACUAUCGAUGCUCUUCAGCGCCUGUUCUUGGAUGCUGGCUCGUACCAUACACGUUUGUCCUGCAGGGGGAGCUCUCUGAUUUCAUGACAUGUAGACGUUGUUUCAAACCCUGAUUUAUUGUUUUAAACAGUGGUGGAAUAUUUAGGGACUGGAUCUAAAAUCCACCUAAUCAGGUUUUCAGCUUUGUUUUUCAGAGGUUGUAACACUUUGAUUCUCUUUUCUCUUUUAAGCUCAGCAGAAUCAUCAAACUGAAAAACUGUGCUAAUUUCUUAAUGCCAGACACUUGUUUUAUUUCUUUUCAGUUUGGCUGAACUUGAAGUGUGUAUGAUUUUAGGGACUGGUCAUGUUUGUGUUUUCUGCAGCACUCCGGACAUAUUUUUAUUGAGCCUAAAUAUUUAAAUUUAAUAUAGUGAUGUGGUGGGGCUCAUGGACUCACAACCUAUUGUCUCUAACAUUAAUCAUUUUGUUUGUAAAACAAUAACAAAUCUUAUGUUUAAUAAAUAUUAUGAAUAAAAUA